AUGCCCGCCAACACAUGCGUCAAGCGCGCUCUCAGCGUCAUGGAAAAAGAUCCCUCCAAAAUCCUAAGCGUCACCUACAACGGCACCACCAUCACACCCAAACAAUACCUCCCCCGAUCCGAAGCUCAAACCGCCCCCUCCCUCUCCCUCUCAACUCCCCCUUCCACCUCCACCCCCACCCCAACCUACCUCCUCAUCAUGCUCGAUCUCGACGCGCCCUUCCCCUCCCUCCCCCUCCUCGGUCCCAUCCUCCACUGGAUCCAACCCGGCUACACCGCCACCCCCAGCGGUCUCCUAUCCACCAACGAGCCCUUUGUAGCGAAUUAUAUCGGUCCUGCUCCUCCUCCAGGUAGUGCUCCACAUCGAUAUUCCUCCUACUUAUUUGAACAGCCAGAGGAUUUCGAUGGCGGGAAAUACGCACCAGCUGCGGGGAAACCGCUGAGUAAUUGGUACCGCAUGCGCUUCGAUUUGGAUGGGUGGCAGAAGAUGGUGGGGCUGGGGGAACCCGUUGCUGUGAAUUGGUUUUUGAGUAAUUAG